AUGUAUCUGGGUAAAGCUCUUCUGUUUGUCCUACUCUUAAACUGCGCGACCACAAGUCUAUCUUUCUCAACAUGCGCUACCGUAGAUAUAGACCAUGUGAAGCGGAAAAGGGUCGAGGCGAUACGGGGACAGAUACUGAGUAAGCUCCGGACGACCAGCCCGCCACACUCCCUGGGACCCAGUCAGAUCCCCUACCAGAUCCAGGCCUUGUAUAACAGUACCCGGGAGUUGCUUGAGGAGUUGGGGAGAGACCGGCAGCAAAGUUGUGGCCAAGACAACACGGAGACCGAAUAUUAUGCCAAAGAAAUAUACAAGUUCAACAUGGUCCAAGGGCCGCCUGAAAACAGUAAGUCGUGGUGUGUUUAAAAAAAAUUAGUUUUCAUACUCUUUUGGUUGAUAUGCUAGAUUGGUGAGGAAAUGGUUUUUGAUGGCAGUUAAGGCACUCCGUUAUGCGCGAGAUCAGUUAAUGUAGAGCGUGCCAAAUGCGUGCCAAAUGCGUAAUCCCCCAUUGCCAGAGUGAAAUUCCCCCCCAAAAAUAGGAUUUUAUCUAUUUGUCAUGACAAUGAUGGGUCGUUUGUGGGCUUUAACAAAGUUUAUAAUAUAUCAUAAAUAGGAAUUGAUCAACUAUGCAUAUUGCUUCCUAUUGAGAUGUGUGUGGAUAGGCUAAUAGAGUGGGUAGACAGCAUGGAAUAUCUCAGAAAUGAAAUCUGUUGACAUUUCCAUAGAUGAGCUCUCCUUAGAUGGGGUAACUUCAGUUCAGUUCAGUUAUCUUUUUUGGCCUUAUUCAGGAAUGUAUCUCCCAUUCAUGUUGUCUUCCACAUUCCAUGGACUUCAAUGAGUAUGAGUGUGUGUGUGUGUGUAUGUGUCUGUGUGUGUGUGUCUGUGUGUGUGUGUGUGUGUGUGUGUGAGUCUGUGUGUGUGUGUGUGUGUGUGUGUGUCUCUGUGUGUGUGUGUGUUUGUCUGUGUGUGUGUGUGUGUGUGUGUGUGUGUGUGUCUGUGUGUGAGUCUGUGUGUGUGUGUGUGUGUGUGUGUGUCUGUGUGUGUGUGUGUGUGUGUGUGUGUGUGUGUGUGAGUCUGUGUGUGUGUGUGUGUGUGUGUGUGUGUGUGUGUCUGUGUGUGUGUGUGUGUGUGUGUGUGAGAGAGUCUGUGUGUCUGUGGGCUUGUAUGACUAUCCUCUCAGAUACUGGAAAUCUCUAGGGGUUAGGGGUUAGGGGUUAGGGUUUAGGGGUUAGGGUUAGGGUUAGGGGUUAGGGGUUGGGGUUAGGGGUUAGGGUUUGGGGUUAGGGUUUAGGAGUUGGGGUUAGGGGUUAGGGUUAGGGGUUAGGGUUAGGGGUUAGGGUUAGGGGUUAGGGGUUAGGGGAAAUAGGAUUUUUAAUGGAAAUACAUUUUAGGUCCCCACAAGGAUAGUACAGCAUAUGCUGUGUGUGUGACAUGGAUAAGAUGUGGGAGUAGUAGAAGUUAUCUCAGAGUUGUGGAUGAACUUGGAAGCUGUCUUUCAUCUCCCCACCCUGUUAAAAUACAGGACUAGUGAUUGGUCUCUCUCCUCUUCCCACACCUCCCUCCUUUCCUCCAUGGACCCAGUCCCUCUCCCCAGAUGUGUCCAUUUCCAUUCCAACCAGGCCCAAAUGAGAGGGACAUCUGCCCAGGCGGAUAGGAACAGGGCUGGGGAAGGGCUGGGGAAGGGCUGGGGAAGGAAAAGCCUUGCUGAGAGGGACAGGAACAGUUAACAUGAACGGACAGGAACAGUUAACAUGGAAGGACAGGAACAGUUAACAUGGAGGGACAGGAACAGUUAACAUGGAGGGAAAGGAACAGUUAACAUGGAGGGACAGGAACAGUUAACAUGGAGGGACAGGAACAGUUAACAUGGAGGGACAGGAACAGUUAACAUGGAGGGACAGGAACAGUUAACAUGGAGGGACAGGAACAGUUAACAUGGAGGGACAGGAACAGUUAACAUGGAGGGACAGGAACAGUUAACAUGGAGGGACAGUAAAAGUUAACAUGGAGGGACAGGAACAGUUAUCAUGGAGGGACAGGAACAGUUAACAUGGAGGGACAGGACAAGUUAACAUGGAGGGACAGGAAGAGUUAACAUGGAGGGAAAGGAACAGUUAACAUGGAGGGACAGGAACAGUUAACAUGGAGGGACAGGAACAGUUAACAUGGAGUUACAUGAACAGUUAACAUGGAGGGACAGGCACAGUUAACAUGGAGGGACAUGAACAGUUAACAUGGAGUUACAUGAACAGUUAACAUGGAGGGACAGGCACAGUUAACAUGGAGGGACAUGAACAGUUAACAUGGAGGGACAGGAACAGUUAACAUGGAGGGACAGGAACAGUUAACAUGGAGGGACAGGAACAGUUAACAUGGAGGGACAGGAACAGUUAACAUGGAGGGACAGGAACAGUUAACAUGGAGGGACAGGAACAGUUAACAUGGAGGGACAGUAAAAGUUAACAUGGAGGGACAGGAACAGUUAUCAUGGAGGGACAGGAACAGUUAACAUGGAGGGACAGGACAAGUUAACAUGGGGGGACAGGAAUAGUUAACAUGGAGGGACAGGAAAAGUUAACAUGGAGGGAAAUGAACAGUUAACAUGGAGGGACAGGAACAGUUAACAUGGAGGGACAGGAACAGUUAACAUGGAGUUACAUGAACAGUUAACAUGGAGGGACAGGCACAGUUAACAUGGAGGGACAUGAACAGUUAGCAUGAACACACAGGAACAGUUAACAUUAAGACACAGGAACAGUUAACAUGGAGGGAACAGUUAACAUAGAGACAGGAACAGUUAACAUAUAGAGACAGGAACAGUUAACAUGGAGGGACAGGCACAGUUAACAUGGAGGGACAUGAACAGUUAGCAUGAACACACAGGAACAGUUAACAUGAAGACACAGGAACAGUUAACAUGGAGGGAACAGUUAACAUGGAGACAGGAACAGUUAACAUAUAGAGACAGGAACAGUUAACAUUGAGUCACAGGAACAGUUAACAUGGAGGGAAAGGAACAGUUAACAUGGAGGGAAAGGAACAGUUAACAUGGAGGGACAGGAACAGUUAACAUGGAGGGACAGGAACAGUUAACAUGGAGGGACUGGACAAGUUAACAUGGAGGGACAGGAACAGUUAACAUGGAGGGACAGGAACAGUUAACAUGGAGGGACAGGAACAGUUAACAUGGAGACAGGAACAGUUAACAUGGAGGGACAGGAACAGUUAACAUGGAGACAGGAACAGUUAACAUGGAGGGACAGGAACAGUUAACAUGGAGGGUCAGGAACAGUUAACAUGGAGACAUGAACAGUUAACAUGGAGGGUCAGGAACGGUUAACAUGGAGACAGGAAGAGUUAACAUGGAGGGAAAGGAACAGUUAACAUGGAGACAGGAACAGUUAUCAUGGAGGGUCAGGAACAGUUAACAUGGAGACAGGAACAGUUAACAUGGAGGGUCAGGAACAGUUAACAUGGAUACAGGAACAGUUAACAUGGAGGGACAGGAACAGUUAACAUGGAGGGACAGGAACAGUUAACAUGGAGGGACAUGAAAAGUAAACAAGGAGGGACAGGAACAGUUAACAUGGAGGGACAGUAAAAGUUAACAUGGAGGGACAGGAAGAGUUAACAUGGACGGACAGGAACAGUUAACAUGGAGGGACAGGAACAGUUAACAUGGAGGAACUGGAAAAGUUAACAUGGAGGGACAGGAACAGUUAACAUGGAGGGACAGGAACAGUUAACAUGGAGGGACAGGAACAGUUAACAUGGUCGGACAGGAACAGUUAACAUGGACGGACAGGAACAGUUAACAUGGAGGGAUAGGAACAGUUAACAUGGAGGGACAGGAAAAGUUAACAUGGAGGGACAGGAACAGUUAACAUGGAGACAGGAACAGUUAACAUGGAGGGUCAGGAACAGUUAACAUGGAGACAGGAACAGUUAACAUGGAGGGUCAGGAACAGUUAACAUGGAGACAGGAACAGUUAACAUGGAGGGACAGGAACAGUUAACAUGGAGGGACAGGAACAGUUAACAUGGAGGGACAUGAAAAGUAAACAAGGAGGGAUAGGAACAGUUAACAUGGAGGGACAAUAAAAGUUAACAUGGAGGGACAGGAAGAGUUAACAUGGACGGACAGGAACAGUUAACAUGGAGGGACAGGAAAAGUUAACAUGGAGGGACAGGAACAGUUAACAUGGAGGGACAGGAACAGUUAACAUGGUCGGACAGGAACAGUUAACAUGGACGGACAGGAACAGUUAACAUGGAGGGAUAGGAACAGUUAACAUGGAGGGACAGGAACAGUUAACAUGGAGACAGGAACAGUUAACAUGGAGGGACAGGAACAGUUAACAUGGAGGGACAGGAACAGUUACCAUGGAGGGACAGGAACAGUUAACAUGGAGGGCCAGGAACAGUUAACAUGGAGGGACAGGAACAGUUACCAUGGAGGGACAGGAACAGUUAACAUGGAGACAGGAACAGUUAACAUAUAGAGACAGGAACAGUUAACAUGGAGUCACAGGAACAGUUAACAUGGAGGACAGGAACAGUUAACAUGGAGGAAAAAAUAACAGUUAACAUGGAGGGAAAGGAACAGUUAACAUGGAGGGACAGUAACAGUUAACAUGGAGGGACAGUAACAGUUAACAUGGAGGGACAGGAACAGUUAACAUGGAGGGACAGGAAAAGUUAACAUGGAGGGACAGGAACAGUUAACAUGGAGGGACAGGAACAGUUAACAUGGAGGGCCAGGAACAGUUAACAUGGAGGGACAGGAACAGUUAGCAUGGAGGGACAGGAACAGUUAACAUGGAGGGACAGGAACAGUUAACAUGGAGGGACAGGAACAGUUAACAUGGAGGGACAGGAACAGUUAACAUGGAGGGCCAGGAACAGUUAACAUGGAGGGACAGGAAAAGUUAACAUGGAGGGACAGGCACAGUUAACAUGGAGGGACAGGAAAAGUUAACAUGGAGGGAAAGGAACAGUUAACAUGGAGGGACAGGAACAGUUAAUAUGGAGGGACAGGAACAGUUAACAUGGAGGGACAGGAACAGUUACCAUGGAGGGACAGGAACAGUUAACAUGGAGGGCCAGGAACAGUUAACAUGGAGGGACAGGAACAGUUACCAUGGAGGGACAGGAACAGUUAACAUGGAGACAGGAACAGUUAACAUAUAGAGACAGGAACAGUUAACAUGGAGUCACAGGAACAGUUAACAUGGAGGACAGGAACAGUUAACAUGGAGGAAAAAAUAACAGUUAACAUGGAGGGAAAGGAACAGUUAACAUGGAGGGACAGUAACAGUUAACAUGGAGGGACAGGAACAGUUAACAUGGAGGGACAGGAACAGUUAACAUGGAGGGAAAGGAACAGUUACCAUGGAGGGAACAGUUAACAUGGAGACAGGAACAGUUAACAUAUAGAGACAGGAACAGUUAACAUUGAGUCACAGGAACAGUUAACAUGGAGGGACAGGAAAAGUUAACAUGGAGGGAAAGGAACAGUUAACAUGGAGGGACAGGAACAGUUAACAUGGAGGGACAGGAACAGUUAACAUGGAGUGACAGGAACAGUUAACAUGGAGGGAAAGGAACAGUUAACAUGGAGGGACAGGAACAGUUAACAUGGAGGGACAGGAACAGUUAACAUGGAGGGACAGGAACAGUUAACAUGGAGGGAAAGGAACAGUUAACAUGGAGGGACAGGAACAGUUAACAUGGAGGGACAGGAACAGUUAACAUGGAGUGACAGGAACAGUUAACAUGGAGGGAAAGGAACAGUUAACAUGGAGGGACAGGAACAGUUAACAUGGAGGGAAAGGAACAGUUAACAUGGAGGGACAGGAACAGUUAACAUGGAGUGACAGGAACAGUUAACAUGGAGGGAAAGGAACAGUUAACAUGGAGGGACAGGAACAGUUAACAUGGAGGGACAGGAACAGUUAACAUGGAGGGACAGGAAAAGUUAACAUGGAGGGAAAGGAACAGUUAGCUGAUGGAAGGACCUCCUCCAUCCCUUAACCUGGCUUAGAAGGAUUAAAGAUCAGAGAUCCACUCCCCAUCACACACUGUAUGCAUCCCAAAUGGCACCCUAUUCCCUAUAAAUCCCAAAUAGCAUCCUAUUCCCUAUAUAUCCAAAAUAGCACCCUAUUCCUUAUAUAUCCCAAAUAGCACCCUAUUCCUUAUAUAUCCCAAAUAGCACCCUAUUCCUUAUAUAUCCCAAAUAGCACCCUAUUCCUUAUAUAUCCCAAAUAGCACCCUAUUCCCUAUAUUUCCCAAAUGGCACCCUAUUCCCUAUAUGUCCCAAAUGGCUCCCUAUUCCCUAUAUAGUGCUCUGCUUUUGACCAGACUCUAUAGGCCCUGGUCAAAAGCAGUGCAGUUUGGAACGCAGCCACUCUCCGCCUUGAGUAGAGGCUAGGGUGGGUGUACAGUUUUUCCAUUCUGGCUUGGUGUUGGCUGAUGGAGUGGACCUCCCUCCUCUUUAGCCAGGCUUAGGGUGUGUUCCAAAUGGCACCCUACUCCCUUUGGAAAGCACUACUACCCUUAGGGCCCAUGUCAAAAGUAGUGCACUAUAAAAAGGAAUAGGUUGCCAUUUUGGACGCAGGCAAACGGGAUCCCUGAGCCCUUUCCCUCCACACGCUGGACGCCCCAGGGGAGAUUUGGCUGUUGGCUGGGGUGUACAGUUCCUCCACUGGGUUGGGGUUAAAUUCCACCUCAGUAGAGAGACGGGACGCAAACAGAUCCUCCUCAGGUGAAAGAGUACCAUUACAUCACACAGACACAGACACACACACAUAUCUUUAGUAGCCAGUGUUUCCCAGAGCCUUCAUAGCGUUAAUAUUAUCGUUAGAACCUUCUUACGAUGUAUCUUUAGUAGCCAAGGUGUUUCCCAGAGCCUUCAUAGCGUUAAUAUUAUCGUUAGAACCUUCUUACGAUGUAUCUUUAGUAGCCAAGGUGUUUCCCAGAGCCUUCGUAGCGUUAAUAUUAUCGUUAGAACCUUCUUACGAUGUAUCUUUAGUAGCCAAGGUGUUUCCCAGAGCCUUCAUAGCGUUAAUAUUAUCGUUAGAACCUUCUUACGAUGUAUCUUUAGUAGCCAAGGUGUUUCCCAGAGCCUUCGUAGCGUUAAUAUUAUCGUUAGAACCUUCUUACGAUGUAUCUUUAGUAGCCAAGGUGUUUCCCAGAGCCUUCGUAGCGUUAAUAUUAUCGUUAGAACCUUCUUACGAUGUAUCUUUAGUAGCCAAGGUGUUUCCCAGAGCCUUCAUAGCGUUAAUAUUAUCGUUAGAACCUUCUUACGAUGUAUCUUUAGUAGCCAAGGUGUUUCCCAGAGCCUUCAUAGCGUUAAUAUUAUCGUUAGAACCUUCUUACGAUGUAUCUUUAGUAGCCAAGGUGUUUCCCAGAGCCUUCAUAGCGUUAAUAUUAUCGUUAGAACCUUCUUACGAUGUAUCUUUUGUAGCCAAGGUGUUUCCCAGAGCCUUUAUUAGUAGCGUGGCUCUUAACUUCAUCCUCAGCUCUGGCAUCUUCCCCAAUAUUUGGAACCAAGGACUAAUCACCACAAUCCACAAAAGUGGAGACAAAUUUGACCCCAGUAACUACCGUGGGAUAUGCCUCAACAGCAACCUUGGAAAUCCUCUGAAUUAUCAUUAAUAGCCGACUCGUACAUUUCCUCAGUGAAAACAAUGUACUGAGCAAAUGUCAAAUUGUCUUUUUACCAAAUUACCAUACAACAGACCAUGUAUUCACCCUGCACACCCGAAUUGACAAACAAACAAACCAAAAACAAAGGCAAAGUCGUCUCAUGCUUUGUUGAUUUCAAAAAAGCUUUUGACUCAAUUUGGCAUUGGGGUCUGCUAUACAAAUUGAUGGAAAGCGGUGUUGGGGGGAAAACAUACAACAUGAUAAAAUCCAUGUACACAAACAACAAGUGUGCGGUUAAAAUUGGCAAAAAACACACACAUUUCUUUCCACAGGGCCGUGGGGUGAGACAGGGAUGCAGCUUGAGCACCACCCUCUUCAACAUUUAUAUCAACGAAUUGGUGAGGUCACUAGAACAGUCUGCAGCACCCGGCUUCACCCUACUAGAAUCUGAAGUCAAAUGUCUACUGUUUGCUGAUGAUCUGGUGCUUCUGUCACCAACCAAGGAGGGCCUACAGCAGCAUUUAGAUCAUCUGCACAUAUUCAGUCAGACCUGGGCCCAAAAAUAAUGGUGUUCUAAAAAAGGCCCAGUUGCUAGGACCACAAAUACAAAUUCCCUCUAGACACCAUUGCCCUAGAGCACACAAAAAACUAUACAUACCUUGGCCUAAACAUCAGCGCCACAGGUAACUUCCACAAAGCUGUGAAUGAUCUGAGAGACAAGGCAAAAAGGGCCUUCUACGCCAUCAAAAGGAACAUAAAAUUCAACAUACCAAUUAGGAUCUGGCUACAAAAUACUUGAAUCAGUUAUGGAAGCCAUUGCCCUUUAUGGUUGUGAGGUCUGGGGUCCGCUCGCCAACCAAGAAUUCACAAAAUGGGACAAACAUCAGUUGAGACUCUGCAUGCAGAAUUCUGCAAAAAUAUCCUCAAUGUACAACGUUAAACACCAAAUAAUGCAUGCAGAGCAGAAUUAGGCCGAUACCCACUAAUUAUCAAAAUCCAGAAAAGAGCCGUUAAAUUCUAUAACCACCUAAAAGGAAGCGAUUCCCAAACCUUCCAUAACAAAGCCAUCACCUACAGAGAGAUGAACCUGGAGAAGAGUCACCUAAACAAGCUGGUCCUGGGGCUUUGUUUGUAAGGGUUGGUGUGAGGUGUGACCCAGGUGCGGUGCAGGAUAGACAGUAGGCAGUAGGCAGAGAUGGUGAAACAAGGAUCUUUACUGGUGGUCCCGAAGCCAGAAACAAAACAACGGACUUAACACGAUAACAGAAAGGUGGAGCAAAUAAAUCUCCAAAAACAGGCUGACAGCCAAACUACGAAAUAGUAACUACGACUGAAAUAAUAAAGAAACAGGGAGAACACUUCUCGAGUACCUGUACAUACUUCUCCGAUCAGACACUGAUUAGUACUGCUGAGCACAGAGAAACUAGCAGAGAAAACUGAGCAAGGGAACACAGGGAAGUGAGGGCAUAAAUACACAGGUGAACAGGUAGACACAGGUGACACCAAUAGGAUCAUGAUUAGUCCAGACGGUGAGUGAGAAGGUGCAUAAGGUCGUCGGAGAAGGACACCUAGUGGAACGCUCCGGAACUGCGACCCGUGCCGGGAACAGCCGACGGGAGAAAAACACACAGGGAGUUGAGCUGCAAGAUUGACAUAAUAAUAUGCCAUUUAGCAGACGCUUUUAUCCAAAGCGACUUACAGUCAUGCGUGCAUACAUUUUUUUGUGUAUGGGUGGUCCCGGGGUUCAAACCCACUACCUUGGCGUUACAAGCGCCGUGCUCUACCAGCUGAGCUACAGAGGACCACAUAAUGUCAUACUUGGCGUGGUUGAGAAGCAUUAUAGUUGUUAAUAGCCUCAUCAUGCAUACAGUACAUUCAUCCCAAUAGGACUAAUGACUUUUGCAUACCAGGCUCUCUGGAAGGAGCCAGCAGCAGGCAUGGCAUGUAUGGGGGAUACUUUUCUCAUCGCUGCAGAUUGCCCUUUCCCUUAGCUGGCCAGGCUACAGACUUUUAGACGUCCACUUAACAAAGCUUUUCAAAUGGCUUCCAACUCCAGGAGGGCUAUCAUGGCACUGCUGGAGGAGUUACGAGGAGUAAUGGCUGAUGUGCUAGCAUUGAUUGUAGAACGAAAGAGAAGCGCACACCAUGAUGAAGUCACAGUGUUAUGAUUAACCUCCCUUUGCCAGGUGGACUUUACAAGGUGCCCCUAAAAAUGACACACAAAACUUCCUCAUAUAAAGCUAAUCUUUGAAGUUAUAUGGCCUUGAUCAAGGAGCUUUCACAUUCCAGUUCAGAGGCUUUACUACAAUUACUACUUCCCCAGACCAGACCUUUACCUCUCCAGACCUUUACCUCUCCAGACCUUUACCUCUCCAGACCUUUACCUCUCCAGACCUUUACCUCUCCAGACCUUUACCUCUCCAGACCUUUACCUCUCCAGACCUUUUCCUCUCCAGACCUUUACCUCUCCAGACCUUUACCUCGCCAGACCUUUACCUCUCCAGACCUUUACCUCUCCAGACCUUUACCUCUCCAGACCUUUACCACUCCAGACCUUUACCUCUCCAGACCUUUACCUCUCCAGACCUUUACCUCUCCAGACCUUUACCUCUCCAGACCUUUACCACUCCAGACCUUUACCUCUCCAGACCUUUACCUCUCCAGACCUUUACCUCUCCAGACCUUUAUCUCUCCAGACCUUUACUACUCCAAACCUUUACCUCUCCAGACCUUUACCUCUCCAGACCUUUACUACUCCAGACCUUUACCUCUCCAGACCUUUACCUCUCCAGACCUUUACUACUCCAGACCUUUACCUCUCCAGACCUUUACCUCUCCAGACCUUUACCUCUCCAGACCUUUACUACUCCAGACCUUUACCUCUCCAGACCUUUACCUCUCCAGACUUUACCUCUCAGACCUUACCCUCCAGAACCUUUACCUCCAGACUUUCCUCUCCAGAACCUUUACCUCUCCAGACCUUUACCUCUCCAGACCUUUACCUCUCCAGACCUUUACUACUCCAGAACUUUACCUCUCCAGACCUUUACCUCUCCAGACCUUUACCUCUCCAGACCUUUACCUCUCCAGACCUUUACCUCUCCAGACCUUUACCUCUCCAGACCUUUACCUCUCCAGACCUUUACCUCUCCAGACCUUUACCUCUGCAGACCUUUACCUCUCCAGACCUUUACCUCUCCAGACCUUUACCUCUCCAGACCUUUACCUCUCCAGACCUUUACCUCUCCAGACCUUUACUACUCCAGACCUUCACUACUCCAGACCUUUACCUCUCCAGACCUUCACUACUCCAGACCUUUACCUCUCCAGACCUUUACCUCUCCAGACCUUUACUACUCCAGACUUUCACUACUCCAGACCUUCACUACUCCAGACCUUCACUACUCCAGACCUUUACCUCUCCAGACCUUCACUACUCCAGACCUUCACUACUCCAGACCUUUACCUCUCCAGACCUUCACUACUCCAGACCUUUACCUCUCCAGACCUUUACCUCUCCAGACCUUUACUACUCCAGACCUUCACUACUCCAGACCUUCACUACUCCAGACCUUCACUACUCCAGACCUUUACCUCUCCAGACCUUCACUACUCCAGACCUUCACUACUCCAGACCUUUACCUCUCCAGACCUUUACCUCUCCAGACCUGUACCUCUCCAGACCUUUACCUCUCCAGACCUUUACCUCUCCAGACCUUUACCUCUCCAGACCUUUACCUCUCCAGACCUUUACCUCUCCAGACCUUUACCUCUCCAGACCUUUACCUCUCCAGACCUUUACCUCUCCAGACCUUUUCCUCUCCAGUCUUUUACUACUAUUACUACUUCCCCAGACCAGAGUAACUUUGAGUCACAUCAGGAGAGGUGUUUUAGAGGGAGGUGAGAGACUGAGAGGACUGGCUUCCUGUUUUUGCUGAGAAUGUUAUUGCCCCAUAGCUGUAGCUAUGUGCACUAUAUAGGGAAUACGGUCCCUAGGUGUGCCUCUCUCUCUCCCGCUCUCGCUCUCUCUGGUAACAGGGUUCUGAAGAAGUCUCUCUUUCGGAGGAACCACGGUUGA